AUGACAUCUAAAGGAAAGUUAACAUUUUCAAAAACAGGCAAAACAAAUCUAAAAAAAAGAGCUAGAGAUAAUUUUGAAGAGAAUAAUGACGACAAUGAUAGGAGUAAGACUGCUACUACAAAUCAAAGUAAUGAGUCUGAUUCAGCCAUUGAAAGCAAUGAAGUAGAAGAUGAUGAACAAAAUCUAGCUGAUGUUUCCUCUUCUGAAGAAGAAGAGGAGGAAGAAAAAGGGUAUAGUGAAGACUUUGAAGAUGAUAGUUUUCCAAGGAAAAAAAAGUCCAAGAGAAGUAAACAUGACGAUGGUUCUAAGGAAUUCUCCAGCGCUGUAUCUGCUAUUUUAUCAUCACAUUUGAAAGCAUAUGAUAGAAAUGAUCCUAUCAUGGCAAGAAAUAAGAAAGUUAUUAAACAGAAUGAAGCUGAUAAAUUGGAAUUAAAAGCAAAGAAAGCUUUACUAGCGGAGAAGAAAAAAUUACUCGAUAAGGCAAGAAAGAGAAAUAUCUUACCCCAAGUACAGGAUACUAACGGUGAGGACAUUAGAAACAUACUUGAGAAGGAAUCAAAAUUAAGGAAAAUUGCUCAAAAGGGUGUUGUCAAAUUGUUCAAUGCAAUUUUAUCUACUCAAGUAAAAACAAAUAAGGAAGUUUCUGAACAUUUAGGUGGUAUCAAAAAUAAACAAGAAAGAGAACAAUUAAUUACUGAAGUGUCAAAGGAAAAAUUCUUAGAUUUGGUAAAAGCUGCUGCUAUAGAAGAAUAA